UCUCCAUCCUCAUCAUCAUCAUCAUCAUCUUCAUCAUCAUCAUCAUCCUCACAGACUGAGAUCAGUCCAGGUCGCUCUGUGACUCUCUCCUGUCGGUUGUAUUCAUAUACUGGAUCCCCCUGUGAUGAUUGGGUUCGUUCUGGGGGAUUUCAUCUGUCGUGGGUGAAUCAGGCUGGUGUUGAUCUGAAGACAGACUCCAGAUAUCAGAUAUUAUUCUCAUCAGAUCACUGUAUCAUCACUCUGACUACAACACUCCUGAAUGAAGAUGACAACAGAGAGUGGAGAUGUCAGCUUACUCACAGAAAUCACCUCCAGAUCUCAGUCAGAUACACUGUCAAGUAUUCAGAGAAUCAGAAGAUCCCAACCUCUCUAGUGAUUGUGAUUGUUGUCGCUUCAUUCGCUGUUCUCCUUCCUGCUCUUAUUCUCUGGAUGAUUCGCAGAAAAAGAGACGAUAACAGAAGAGGAACUGAUGACUCUGAGGAUCAUCAAACACGACCUGUCUAUCCAACAGGACAGAACACUCUUCCUCAACAGGAGCAGACAGAUGAUCAUGUGACUUAUUCUGAGGUCACUGCGUACAGUAAAAACCAAGACCAAAAGAAGAAGGUUCGCUGUGAUGAUAAAGUGACUUAUGCUUCCAUCAGAGGAGCAAAAGCUGGAUCUCAGGAAAACUGCAGUGAACUUUAUGCCUCUGUGAACAAGAACCAUCACAAAUCAGUCAAAUAAUGACACAAAAACCACAUGAGCAGAAGAAGAUGAAUCUAAUAGAGUCCUAAUGGUGUCAUUCAGUGCCAUUAUAAAUACUUUCAAUGUCUUUUACAUGUUCACAAACAAACCCAAGUGAUGCUCUGAUUUAUUUGUAGUUAUUGCUUAUUUUUCUCAGUUCAGCAUGUUUUUUGUAUAGUUUCUGUCUGCUUGUUGAUCACUUUUACUCUCUCAGAUCAUUCUCAUUAAAUCAUGUAUUUUCUCGAUCGGUUAAUUAACUGUCAGAGCAGCUGCUUUAAGCAAUGCUUGUAAUAUUAUAUUUUAUUU